CCAGCAUGGCUACUGCAUGCCUAACGUUAACGAUUGAACACAUGAUUGCAUAUUAAUUGAGAGCAAUAAGAGAUACAACAGUCACGCAGUGGUGAGUUUUGGACUAUGUUAGCCACUGAAUAAGCUCUAUGUUUAACUUGGCAGCUAUUGCACUACAUUUGUUAAAAAUGGACCAUGUACUAUAUACCGUUAAUAACGUAUAAAUGCAAAUUUUGAAACUCUGUUUUAAUGCUUUGCAAUUUUAAAAAGAAAAUAGGUAAAAUGUUGAAUAAAACAAUAAUAUGGAUAUACAUUUUGUUUGGAUUCGUAGGAUUAUCACUGCUUUGCAACUGGUCUUUAUAUGUCACAGUUCGAAAUAGAACAUUGGUUCAAAGAGGGAUUGACACCGAGAUUGCAGAAACUAAAAAUACCAGAUUAAUGCAGCUAAAUAACAUAUCUGUUAAGGGUGAAAACAGAAUGGAGGAUACUGUUAAUGGAAGUCUCAGGAAUGGUCAAACAGUAUCAAAAAAUGGACAUAAAAGCACUACAUUAUUGCACAAUGCCUUCCUAAUGUAUUUAGAUCAAGGGGAUGGGCAUAUGGUACAAUUUACAUUAUUUCUGUAUGCAUCCUGGAAAUACGUCAUGAGUCAUCGGUACCUCAAAUCCAACGUUACUAUCGACAAUACAACAUCCCUGCCAGACAUCAUAUUUGACUUGGUUGUGUAUUGUCACCCAGAAUCAUGCAAGCUUCUCCCAUUAGAUUGCAUCCCUAUUGAACAUGGCAAUGUCUUAGAGGCUGUUCCAAGAUGCUGGUACAUUCCGUCUGGUCGACUCCAAAAUCAUCCAGACUAUCCCUCUAACUAUGGCUACAUUAACACAUUUACGUUUCUACUUGAUGAUAACUUGGGUCAGAUUGCAAACAGAUAUGAUAGGAUUUUGAGGACAGAUACUGAUGUGUUUAUCUCUCCAGCAAUAUUAGGUUGGCCCGUCAAAUAUCCUUUUGUUACUGGCCGAGGGGGUUAUGGAGUACCAUUUAGUGAAAACAGAUUACGGGAAAUAUCAGCAAAACUUGGUUUGCGUCAUCAGCACAUCUCUAACAUUGGAAGCAGCUGGUAUGCAGAGCCAGGUAUAUUCCUGAAAGCUGCUAAGCUUGCAUUGAAACUUUCAGUUCACUUUUAUAACAAUGAAUUCAACAAAUCCCUACCAGGUCUUGAAGGUGUAUUUAACAAAACUACCGAUGGAGAAUGGCCAAAAUGGUGGCGCGGCGUUUCAACAAUGUAUGGUAGUGAGCUAGCCGUCAAUCAUCUCAUCCCCAAUCUCACUCAAGACCACAUAGCUUUUCGAUAUAUGGACAAGGAAAGUACGGAUGGUGUGACACCAGUAAUGAAGGCACCUCAUAUACAUUGCUGGCACACAGACAUUGAAUUCAACAAGUUUGUAUUUACAGAUAAACUUGUACGCUUUAUUAGAACAGAUAUUAAAAAAUUAUGGAUGCAGAAUGAGACAAUGUUAUACUUUGGAGAUUUGGAUGUAUCUGGGAUGACCAUUAGGCAAUAUGUGACUUAUAUAGCAUGGAAUGGAGUCCUCAAAUACGUACCACAUAUGUUUGAAAAAAUGAUGGCGCAUUAGCCUUACUUAUCAGAUAUCACCACAACCAAUGAAAUUCUGUAUAUCAUUGCCCGUAUCAACGGAAAAACAAAUCCCAAAGAACAAUAUACCGUUUCCCACUCAUUAAUUUUAGCAUAAAAUCAUUUACAACAAGAUAUUAAAUAUGAAUGCAGAUGGUUGUGUUAUGUUUUUCAAUUGCUUUUCAAAGUAACUUUCUACCAAUAAUAACAUUUGGUUCACAAAUACACAUUUUUAAUAAAAAUAUUUGAUACAUCAUCUAAAAAUAUUUGGUACCUGAUGGAACUAGGUGGUCAUUUAUUUCGAAUAAUAAUUUGAAAGUGGUUUCAAACCUAAUGAUAGCUAUUUGAUAUCAUGAUAAUUAGGAUUGCGAUUGAGUCAUAAAAUUAAAAUGGGAACGUUAUGCGCACGUUCGCAUACAAUUAUACAUACAGUUGUACGAUCCACUUCUUCGCCAACUUAACUUUCAGCUGUUAGGUUCAAGCAAUGUACUCACGCGGGUUCAACUAGUCGGAGCGUAUCGAAACCACUACAUCCAGGAAUAACCAUGAUAACAGUUGAUUUGAACUUUAAACCUAUCACUGCACCGUAUUUCGUCAAACUUGUUCUAUUCAAAGGAACAAAAAUGCCUUUCUUCGGUACAUUGAUUUAUUGUACAAAAUUCCUCAUUGCAGCGACGCCUUAUUUUCAUAGAUUUCAACUAAUGCCUGGGUCACAUUUGCUCUGACUCAUCAGCCUGCGCCCGUCCGAUUGAGUAUUUUGUUCAAAUCGGAAUUUACAAUUUUGAAUAAAAUACUCAAUCGGCCGAUGAAUCGGAGCAAAUGUGACCCAGGCAUAAGUCUAGUUAUCUCGCCAGUUCUUUUCUCAUUUCCGCCCACAUUUUCCGAAUGGACGCCCGAUACAACCCUCCUUCGCUGCAUCUAAUUGUUUUGGCAUUUAACGCAGCAGUUUUGAAACAACCCGCACAUCUGCUAAAAAUACGUCAUGUAGUCUUUCACUACACCCCAUAGAGUGUCUAUGACUACAAACGUGGAGUUAUAAAACAUUUUGCCCAUCGUUGUGUCUGUUUGUAGGUUUGCCAUGGUCGAUUCUAAACACAGAAUCGACUUGUGUUUUAAGAUUUUCCCUGUCUUGACCAUUAAUAUAACAUAUAUACGAUUAAAGCAUACAGUUAACUCUAUAUCAAUUUAUCGUAUUCAAUCAUUCCAAUAACCCAGAUGCCAGGAGGUAGUAACCAAUUUCACCACUAGGUGACUAAUUCCGGUCAGAAAACAUGGCAGAUAAAGUAGAAAAAUCCCUUAGACUUCAGUUUUAGUGGAUCAAUUUUUAUAUUACCCUUAUGUUUCUGAAAGUUAUUCAAAUUAAAAUAUGUCCAGAAAAAUAAAAAUAUUAUCUGUCCAAUGCAAGAAAAUAUAUUUCUCUCUUUGAUUUUGUAACAUGGGUUCUAUGGGGAAUCUACCCAACCUUAAAGUCACAUUAAGUUGAUUAACAAUUUAUGAAACCACUUUUCUAGAUGUAAUAUUGUGACACCGAAGCACCCCUACUCCCUGAAGUUUUCAAAAAUAACCUCGCCUCACAGUUUUCAUGUUAGCUUUAACAGACAGGACACAAUCGUGUCCAAGAAAUUAAUUUUUAAUGGGGAUUCAAAUAGGUAAAUAAAUAGAAUGCUUCUUUGUGGAGGAUUCAGAAAAUUACAGAGAAAUACUUUAAAGGAGAAGAUCCACAUAUUUUAUCCAAGAUUUUUAUGUUCAGUUCAGAAUGCUAAUUGGGACCAUUUAUCAAAAAGCUACAAGCUACGUACAAAAUACAAGCAAAAUUACACAAGUUCAAACACUAUUUCAUUUACUUCAAGGUACAAUAUUGUGAAUACCUGUUUAUUAUAAUCCUAGCCUGGGACUCUGCCAGGGCUACAGUUAUGUCUGCUUGUGUCUCAGCCUCACGUUUCUGUGUUGUUGCUUGAGUCUCCAAUCUUGGUCUUUCAUUCCUUGCAACCUAGAUAGGUAGGUUUGUAUAUCAUUAAAUAAUGCAUGGUGUGAGCAAAUUUUCACAAGAUGAUAUUCCACAAGCCCGAAUGGAAUAUCACUUGUGAAAGAUGCACAGGUAUUCACCGAAAAUAUAAUUAAAUAUUUGUAUAAUAUGAGUCUGCAAACUUACCUCAAUAUUUUCCCUAGCUGCCUCCUUAGAUCUAACUGCUUCCUCAUAGGUAGAUGGUCGUGCAAUGUUAUUAACCUAAAAACACAAUGGAAUUGAAACAUGCAAACUUUUACUUGAACAUAGAAUCAGAGCAAUGGAAAAGUACUACUGCUUUUCUCUCUGCCUAUUAAUCAGAUAGUAUAUGGAUAGCAAUACAACCUUUCUAAAAGAUAAUAUCCUUUCUUAUCAGGCUUCCACGUAUUAAAAUAUAAGAUCAACAAAAUCACUUUGUUACUUUUGGAGUAAUGGCAAAAACCCAAAAUGCAUGUCACAUAUAACUGUAUAAUGCAAGUAAUUGAACUGGCUGACUUAUUGUAUCUCAUCUUGUGAUCUUGGCUUCC